AUUACUAGAGCAUAAAAACAAUCUUUCCAAGGUAUCGAAAGAACGUCAAGUGGCCAAAGAUCAAGCAGAACUCCUCGCAAAAUCGACUGAAGGACCCCGCGUUCAACGUGCCGAUAUCACGAGAAUAACCGCUCACCUGAAGGAGUUGAGACAGGACGCAGAGAGGUUGCGCAAGAGCAAUGACAAUGCCCGUACGCGUAUUGCCGCAUUACGCACACAGUUGGCAACUCGACGCAGCAACUUACUGACCGCUCGGUCUAUUAGUACUCUCUCAUCAAAUGACAAAUCAACCCGAUCAACAGUCCAGUUUCCUGAAUCAACUAGCACUUGGGAUGCCAGCCUAGAUGACGUGACCUAUCAACUGACACAGACAAGAAAGUCGUUGGUUGAGGAGCUGCUUGAAGCUUUUGACCUUGCAGAGACAGACGUGUCCCUUGGUAGAAGUCGACAGCAGAAUGUCCAAGGGCCGACGGUCGGCGUCAGUGCUUGGAACGCUAGCGCCUUUGGACGACAGGCUUCCAAACUCGGUUCCGAACUCUUCCUUCGUCCUCCAUUGAUGGCUCCAAAAAGACUAGUCGCACAACCCGUCAUGAAAUGGACCAUAAGCGGCCUUUCUGUGCCUUUACCAGCCGAGCUCAAUCGGUUGGUUGAGAACGGGAUCACGGCUUCAA